GGUAUAGGGUGGGAGUGGGGCUAUGUAGCCUGUUCAACAUAAAUCCCCAUCUAACACAAAUAAACACUUUACUUUAAAUGCAAUGCAAUCUGAUUAUGUUGCAAUGGUAUGUGCGGCAGGAAGGUAUCGUCCGGGACGCCCUCAUAUGGUAGGAGAUGUCCACUACUUCUCCGGUACGGACUGUUCCAGCAGUAUAAACGAGAUCAUCUCCAACUUUCAACAGCUGUUCAGCCAGAUGGACUCCUCUCAACCCGGUGGUACUAUAACAAUCGAGUUACAAAACGUUGAAGUGGUGUGUGGAGCCACAUCCAGACAAGCCACUUCAAUAAGAGGGCGCAACGUCAUCUCAAAAUCUGAGAGAUCCGCAAAUGGCUUCACAGUAAAGUUUAUGGUAGUUGCCAUCAGCUCGCUGGCACCAGCGGAUGUCUCUCAGACUGUGCAAGCUAACCUCGUUUAUGCUCUAGACGAUAUUUAUUUUGAUAUCGAAGACAAGGUUGCAAGUCAACAAUUCAACUUACACAUCAACGGACAGCAAGCCACAGUCGACACAUUUGACAUAGGGUUUGCGGAGUUCGACCUCAAUUGUACCCAGGGACAACUGAGUUUUCAAGACAGCUUCGAGGCAUACUGCCUUGACUGUCCGCCUGGCACGUUCCAUGACCUGACUACGGACACGUGUGAGUACUGCCCUGUUGGUGAGUACCAGAACCAGCCGGUACAGACUACCUGCAAACCCUGUCCUGUCAACACCUGGUCAGUGUUUCCUGGAGCAAAGGAGGAGGCACAAUGCAUGUCAGUCUGCCUGGGCAAAGACGAUCUGUGCUCCGGUUGUGUACACGCAAAAGGGCAAUUGACCUGCAAGUGUGAAGUUGGGUGGGCGGGGUCCCAGGACGGACUGACCUGUGGACUUGACAGUGACCAAGACGGCUAUCCAGAUGCGCCCCUGCCCUGUAACGGCACAUGGUGUAAGAAGGACAACUGUCCAGGUAUCCCUAACAGUGGUCAAGAAGACACAGACGGGGAUGGGAUGGGAGACACUUGCGAUGAUGACAUGGACAACGAUGGAUUCCUCAAUGUCGAGGACAACUGCCCGCUGACAAUGAAUGUGAACCAGACGGACAGUGACGGAGAUGGAGUAGGUGACGUGUGUGACAACUGUCCAGCGGACUUCAACACUGACCAACGGGACGCUGAUAGGGACGGCGUGGGCGAUGUGUGCGACAGUGAUGUUGAUAGUGAUGGGCUUAUAGACGACAAAGACAACUGCCCAUCCAUGGACAAUGUCCAGCAGGAAGAUUUGGACGGAGACGGGAUCGGAGAUGUUUGUGACAACUGUCCAACUAUUGCAAACGUAGAUCAGAUGGACAUGGACCAAAACUCCUUUGGCGAUGCUUGCUCAGACAAUGUUGACAGCGAUUCAGACGGGGUCCCUAACUCGUUAGACAAUUGUCCUGACAUCCCAAGCAGUCAACAGUUGGAUACCGACAAGGAUGGAGCAGGAGACCAUUGUGACAAUGAUGACGACAAUGAUACAGUAUUAGAUGACGUCGACAACUGUCGCCUCGUUCACAAUCCGGACAAUGCAGACUUUGACGGAGAUGGAGUAGGUGAUGCCUGUACCGAUGACUAUGACAUGGACGGAGUCCCUGACGCUGAUGACGUAUGUCCUCAGAAUAAGGUCAUCGCCCGCACGGACUUCAGGAACUACCAAACCAUGAACCUGGCCGGAAGCACCAGCAACCCUCCGGUGUGGGAGAUCUUCAAUGAGGGAGCAGAGAUAGUUCAGAAAGUGAACAGUGACCCAGGUUUUGUGCUCGGUCCAGACUACUUCGGCAACUUGGACUACAGUGGAACUUUCUUCGUCAACACCCAGACUGAUGACGACUUUGUGGGGUUCGUCUUCAGCUAUCAGAGCAACUCUCGCUUCUACCUGGUGUCCUGGAAACAGGCAGGGGACAGCCAGGGAGGACAGGCAGGGGUGCAGCUGAAGUUGGUGGAGUCAACGACCGGACCCAGUCAAAACCUAUCGAUUGCUCUAUGGAAGGGCCUGGAGACCCCUGGACAGACUAAGCUGCUGUGGGAGGAUCCUAACAAAGUGGGGUGGAGCUACAACACCGCCUACCGCUGGGAGCUGAAACACUGGGUGGACAUCGGACUCAUCAGGUUCCGUCUGUACGAAGGUAGCCGCCUCGUGGUGGACUCAGGUGACGUUCAGGACGCCUCUCUCCGCGGAGGCCGCCUCGGGGUAUACUGUUACUCACAGGAGAACGUCAUCUGGUCUCAUCUUGUCACCAAGUGCGAUGGCAACCUCCCAUCUGCUUAACUUGAGACGGGAAAUUUCAACAAAACGACGGAAAAAUGAAGCUGUUUUAUUCAACUUUCCUGAUGAACACUAGUUUAUUUAGCCAAUAAGAAAAGUUUGGUGCGGAAUAUUAGUAAAGUACGAUGCAGCAUAUGCUCAUUUACUCAAGAUAGCAACAUAUAUCAAC